UUGAGUUAUCAUAUCCAAUCAAGCCUAGGACUUGGACGGGUCGGGUCCAAACUGGCCCUUGGCGCGGGAGCCUCACGACGCAGAAAAACUGAUUCUUAGCGCUCAAUUUCAAAUUCUCCGUUUGUCACUCUCAACAAUGGUAUUCAGAGACUCACAAGAUGAAGAUCCAGACGAUCUGACCACCGAACCACAGCCGCAAUCACAGUGCUCGCAAGGCCACAGAUCCACGCUCUCUCUCCCAACACAGCAAGACCACAGCAGCUCUCUCUGUCUCCUUUGCUUCUCCAACCUAAUCACGAACCCACGUGCCCCCACUUUUCACAUCUCAUACGCGCUCUCGCAGCUCUUACAUGCUCUUUCUCACCCUCCUUUCCUCCGCUCUCUUCUCUCUUUCCAUCCUCAUUUCCUCGUCUCCCCUCUCCUCCGCUGUCUCUCGCUUUUCGAUGACGAUCCCAUCGCUCGCCAAAUCAUCCACCUCGUCACUUCUCUCUGCGACGCCGCUGAUGCCUCGAUCUGUCACGAGUUUGUUAUGCGCGUCGGCGAUCAUAUUUCCUCUGGUUCCUUGGCUUGGAGCCGCCGCCAGGUGUACAUGCUUCACUGUUUUGGGGUUCUCUUGAACUGUUGUGAAACUAAUCCUUAUGCUCAGAUUAAAGACAAACAUUCUCUUUUCUCCAAUCUUGUCACAGGUCUUCAGUUACCAAGUGAUGAAAUCCGGGGAGAGAUUUUCUUUGUGCUUUACAAACUAUCAAUUCUUCAAUGUGCAAGUGAGGAAGGUGAUGGUGCUUAUAACAACUCUCUUUUCUCCUUCUGUCCUAAGCUCUUGCAUCUGUCACUGGAAGCCCUUGUCAAGACUCAGGAUGAUACUGUUCGUUUGAAUUGCAUAGUAUUUUUGACAAUCUUGGCUCGGAAAGGGUUUUUCAAGAAUGCAUAUGUAAAUGAUAUAUGUAGCACGAAUUCUGAUGAAGCUGAUAACUUCAUGCAAAGAACAGACCAUGGAGUAGAUGGUCAUCCUGUGGAUCUCUUAUUUGCCGAGGCCAUGAAAGGCCCACUUCUUUCUCCUGACAGGCAAAUCCAAAUCAGCACACUAAAUCUAAUCUUUCACUAUUUGUCAUGGGAAGGAGCUCAGGAAAACCAGAUCCAACUUUUGGUUAAAGAAAAUAUUGUGGACUAUGUGUUUGAAAUACUAAGACUGUCAGAAUGUAAAGACCCAGCUGUCAAUUCUUGCCUUCUGGUUCUUGAUCUUUUCUCAACCAUCAAGACAGGCUUCACAGAGAGACUGCUUAUCGGAUUUUCAACUCUGAUUCCAGUUUUGCAUUAUGUCUGUGAAGUUCCUUUUCAUCCUGUUCAACAUCAAACACUGAAGCUCAUUUGGAAUGCCAUAUCUGAAAGUCCUGGAAUUAUGUCAACUUCGCAGAUUGAGGAACUAGUUGUUGUUUUGGAAAGGAUGUUUAAGAGGUAUGCCAAUGGGGAGAUGGGCAUGUCUCCAGAGACAUUUAUAACAGUCUGUUCAAUUUUUGUAGCUCUUUUGAAGUCCCCAUUUUUUAAUGGAAAUUGUCAUCUGGUGAAAUCAGUUGAAGAAGCAACAUGUCAUGCUAUUCUAGCUUGUCUAAAUGUCUCUCAAAAAGAUCCCAACCAACUUUUGCAUGCUUUAUACCUACUUAAACAGGCAUAUGAAUAUAGUCAUGAAGAACUAUUCACAAACAACUACAGUAUGAUAGAGUUACAGAACUGUAUGGUAGAUAUUUGCACGAUACAUGUCUUACCAUGGAUUGUAAAAGUUAUUGAUGAAGUAGAUGAGGAGACUGUCCUGGGAAUAUUGGGAACUUUUCAUUUUAUAUUGCUUCAGGAUUCUGAUGUUCGAGCCCCACAAUUUGCAGACGUCUUGGUUAACUCGUCUUGGUUCAGUUUGUCAUUUGGGUUUCUAGGAUUAUUCCCUACAGAGAAAAUGAAAUUAAGAGUAUAUCUAAUGCUCAGUUCACUUGUGGAUGUUCUUAUGGGAAAUGAUACUGGGCAACCCAUUAGAGUUGCUGCUUCAAAUCUUCCAACUGACCCUAUGGAUCUCUUAUUUCUGCUUGGGCAGAAGGCUUGCGAAAAUUCAUCAUUAUCUACUUGUCAAUCUGCAGUUUUGGCAAUUUUACACACCAGUUCAUUAUAUAAUGACAGGCUUGCAGAUGAGAAGUUUAUAUUAGCCUCUCUUGAACAAUACAUUUUUAUCAACACUAGUGAUACUAUCAAUUCGUUAACAAUGAUGCAACUGGUAAAUCUUUAUGGUAAUUGUCGGAGUGUUGCUGAGAUGGACUGCAGAUUCCCCUAUAGUCCAGAAGCUGAGAGGAUCCUGUUUCACCUAUUGACUGAAAAUGAAUGGGAUUUGCCUUCUUCAAGAAUUCACUUGGUUUCACUGAAAUGGUUGUUUCGACAAGAGAAAAUAAGCAAGCCAUUGUCCUACGAAGUCCUAAAAUUUUGCCAGACUAAUGGCUCAAAUGAUACCCAAAUUGUUGUUCACGGGGAAGGUAAUCAACUUAUGAAUGUGCAAGUAAUUGCAGAGUUGCUAACAUCAGAGGACAACUAUGCAGCGAGACUUUUGGUCUGCUUAUUAGUGCACCUUGUGGAGGAAGAAAGCCAUGAGGAUGACGUUACCUCAUUCUUAAAUCUCUUGGCCAUAAUCAUUAGCAUCUCUCCAACAGCAUCAGACCAAUUGAGUUUGAAUGGCAUAGGAAGGGCAAUCCAAAAUAUCUGUUACAACCCUAGCCAUUUUUCUUCCCCACAAAUAUUCAUGGCCAUCUCACUUCUAGUGUUUAAUAUUCUAAAAUCAGUGCAUUCCAAAGCAUUGUGCGAAGAUGAAGCUUGGCUUGCAGUGACCGUGAAGUUCAUGAACUGCCUCACCCUCUCAAUGGCUGAAAAAAGCUGGUCUGCUGAAGGUCUACAAAUAAUUGCCAUUUUUUCAUUUAUUUUGCACCAAUCUACCAGUAAUGUGUUGUUGGGAGCUUCUAAAGCCAUAAUUUUCAGUUCUUCUCUGGCAUCUGUUAUAAACAGCAUGAUCCAUGAGGCAUGUUCAAAGGGACCUUCUUUGUUUGAUUACAACGAGGGAACAAGCAUUGGAGAAGCUCUGAUAUUUGUGCUUUUACUGUACUAUUUUUCUUUAAGAAGUUUGCAUGUUGUUCUUCCUGAGGCUGUGGAUUGGCAAAGUUUACUUGAUGUAUCGAACAGGACGCAGCCACUUUCAGUGAUUAGCAUCGACUGCCAUGACUUGUGUAGGCUGAUGCAUUUUGGGUCUCCUCCAGUCAAGCUUGUUGCAUCAUAUUGCUUGUUGGAGUUCUUUACAAGAUUAUCAGAACAGAGAAACAGAAAAAAUGAGGAAAUAAAAUGCUCCACAGGUUACCUAAUGUCUAUAACAGCUAUUUUAGAAGGCCUAGUAUUCUACAGUGACGUCAGAGUGUCUAUAAACUGCAGCCUAUGCCUAUCAAUGAUUUUGGGAUGGGAAAAGCCGAACAUAGACUCGAGGGUAAUUGCCGAUACUACUUGGUGCAGACUGAUUGUAGAAGAGAUGGCAAUCUCUUUGGCUGUUCCAUCUUUACCAUCAAAGUCUUUCACUAAUUGUCACAAGCCUGCUGCUCAUAUAGCAGUUGCAUUGCUAAAGCUUCAAAAAUGUCCUGUGUGGAUGAGGACUGUGUUUGAUGAUCCCUGCAUUUCUGGUAUAAUUAGAAACAUUGCAGCAAGUAAUAUCACCACCGAGAUGGUGCUUUUAUUUCGAGAGCUGGUAAACUCCGAGUUCCUAAAGACUGACCAAAUUGCCAGUUUAAAUAGGGUACUUCAGGAAUGCAGGAAACAUAUUUACAGUGAAGAUUCUCAAAAUGAAUGCACCUAUGAGCACAUAGAGAAAAGGGUUUUCACUAAGGGUGACUUGGGAGAUGUCUGUGAGUAUCUCAUUUACUUGAUGUCCUCUGAAACGCAUCUAGAUGCAGAUUCUGUGGGUUUACAGACUAUGAAAAAGAGAUUGUUAGAAGAAAUAGAAAUAUUCUUUAAGAAUUUGACAGUAGAGGAUGACACUUAAGUAACUGAUUAAUAAGGUGUUCGGUCUCCGGUAGUUAUUCAGUUCCCAACAGCUAGUAGUUUUUUUAGACGAAACUGCUGAAACUGCUGAUAGCUGUUAGGAGUUGACCAUAAAUUUCCAGCACUCAGGAGUUAGCAAAAUUGAAGUGCAUGGGACUUGCUUACACAUAAAUAUGUCAAUAUACUGUACAGUGUUAACUUUAGAUGCUAAAUCACUAGAGAUGCACACAUCUAUAUUUUAUCAGUUCAGAUGUUGCCCAAACGACAAUGCUAAGGGAGAGAUACGACUUGGCAUUUUAUUUCAUAUUAA